AUGGCUGCCCCAGUCAGUUCGCCAAUGGCCUCAUGGUCCGCAACACCGGCAUCAGCCAGCAACGAAGACGUCGAGAAAGCCGCGGGCCGCACACGCCAGCAGUCGGAAGCGACAACCCUUUACGAAGGCUCACCUCUGGACAAGGAAUCGGAAAGGAGCCCUGAACGAGAUGUUGCAGCAACGAACACAGCCAGCCCUUCAUCAUCACAGGAGCAUCUCACAGCCCUGGACUGGGACGGUCCUGACGACCCGCUCAACCCGCACAAUUGGUGCACAGCUCGGAAGUGGUUCCAGACACUCGCGAUAGCGGUAUUCAGCAUGAUGGCGACACUCUCCUCUUCAGUCUACACACCAGGCAUUGUGGUAGCUGCUGAGGAAUUCCAUUCUACACGCCUCCUUUCAACCCUCGCAUAUUCGAUAUACACCCUAGGACUUGCAGUCGGCGCUCCGCUCGGAGCACCGCUUGGCGAAACGCUGGGAAGGCGACUUAUCAUCUGCACCAGCCUGCCGAUAUUCUCGCUCUUCAUCCUAGGCGCCGGCUUCUCGCAGAACAUGACUACACUGAUAGUCCUGCGAUUCUUUGCCGGCGUCUUUGCAUCGCCUGUUCUGGAUCUGGGCGCCGCUUCGUUGGCCGACAUAUGGCCGCCUGAGAAGCGCUCUGGUCCCAUGUCACUGUAUGUCGCGAUGCCAUUCUGCGGCCCAGGACUGGGUCCUCUCCUGGGGGCUGUCGUGACGCAGACUCGCGGGUGGCGCUGGACGUGCUGGCUGGUUCUCUUCUUUGUCGUUGCGCUUUUCUUUCCCGCGCUGCCCUUUUUCAAAGAGACAUACAAGCCCACGUUGCUCCGUCGGCGCGCAAAGCAACGCAAUAUCCCGCUGCCACCGAUGCCAACUGACGGCAUGUCGGUGCCACGGAUCAUCCAUACAUACGCGACAAAGACGCUCACCCGGCCGAUGCACAUGUUGUUUACCGAGCCUAUUGUGGCUACGUUCCACCUGUACAGUUCCUUCAACUUUGCGCUGCUGUAUUCCUUUUUCGCCGCCUUCCCGUACGUCUUUGCAGUAGAAUAUGGCUUCGACAGCAUCUCGACUGGCCUCACUUUCCUCGGUCUUGGAGUCGGCAUCAUCAUCGCCACAAUCGGCAUCAUCCUGUAUAACAAGUACCGCUACAUUCCCGAGGUCAUGACGGCGCUUGCCGAGAAGAGACCGCCUCCGCCAUACGCCACUUCGAUAGUGAAACCCGAAAGGCGUCUUCCGCUUGCAGUGGCCGGUGCCCCGUGCAUCACCAUUGGUCUUUUUCUUUUUGGAUGGUCGGUUGCUUACCGCCUGCAUUGGAUCGUACCGACCAUUGCCGAAGCCUUCUUUGGCGCCGGCAACAUGCUUAUAUUCAUGUCGUGCGUAAUGUACAUCACCGACACUUACGGGCCAAUGUAUGGCGCCAGUGCCAUGGCCGGCAACACCAUCUUGCGAUAUAUUCUCGGAGCCGUGUUUCCGCUUUUUGCAGUCCAGAUGUUUAAGCGUCUGGGCCCACAGUGGACUUCGUACUGCGUUCUCAACGUCCAUGGCGUCGCCUCUACCUGUCCGCGAUACAUCAACCUCGUAUUCGUGUAA